AUGCAGACAUUACAAGGACAAAUUAGACAUUUGCGUAAACUAUAUCGGUGUCUCUUUUUUAUUGACCUCCAGCCAGAGGAAGGAGAGAAAGUACAAGUGUUUUUCCGAUGUGACGAUGGUUCGAUGAAUAAUGAUCAAUUCCAAGAUGCCUACAAAACUGCACGCUUGGGUGAUCAGGUUAAGAUCCAGGUCGAGCCACCCCAUGAUCCCAAAGAGGCAGACAGACCUUACGUAGUCUAUCAGUCGUGUCAACCGAUCGUUGUCCUGAGUGCCUACAAAGGUUCAUUUGUAGCCGACAGCGCGCUUAAGACAGGCGAGAACAAAAAAGAGACCUUACGACAAUGGGACGGCCAGCACAUAGACAAGGCUUCUCUAAAUUGCAAGUAUUGGAUUAAUCAACGCCGCUGUCCAAAAAUGGAAGCAUGCAUGUUCCAGCAUCCUGUAGGUGAAGCAUAUGAACAAGCAAGAGAAGAGUGGCUCAAACAGCGUAUGGAUGCUCGAAAACUCAACAACCAUGAUCCUAAAGACCCCCACACAAACAAAAAACCCCAUGCUCUACGUGCGAUUGUGUUCGCAAAAUGGAUUCUUUCGACAUUUCAACCCAGCGGACAAGUGCUGGACAUUGCGGGUGGAAAGGGCGAGAUUGCGAUGGUCUUGAGUCGGGGAUAUGGCAUUCCUGCCACUGUUGUAGAACCCCAGGAACGAAAACGGCCCGAUUAUUGGUACACUCGCCUGCUUCGACUUUUGCGAACCUCGACCUGGCCAUUUGAUGUUGAACCGAUCUACUUGCACACCAUGCUAGAUAACGCAUUUGUAGAAGACCAGGCUGCAUUGAUCAACAGUGCAUCGCUCUUCAUUGGCCUCCAUGCUGAUCAGGCCACCGAACCUAUUGUGGAUUGCAUUUGCUGUUGUGCCCUGUUGCGUAUUCGGCCAGGAGAACAGACAUCGUCGGCUAAAAGACAACAGACCGGUAUUGACCACUCAAGAUCUUGUACAGUACCUGUGUGA